AAAAAGAGCCACCAAAAAUCCAAAAAGAACUGAUCCAAGAGCCAAAAGUCAAAAAAUGUCACUUGUGAAUUGGGGAUAGUGAGCGAAAAAAAAAGAGCCACAAAAAAUCCAAAAAUACUGAUCCAAAAAGUAGAGCAAAAGAGUCACUUGUGAUUAGGGAUAGUGAUCAGCUAAAAAGGAGUCGCUUAUGAUCGAGUUGUCUAAGAUAAUAAGCAUAUAAAAUCGCCACCAUCUUGAGGGGGGAUGUUAGACAAUCUCACAUUGUUAAUAUGUGGAAAUAAUAAAAUAUAUAAGAGGAAUGGGCUACUCCUCUCGUAGCCAAUUGAUUUUGAGAUAAAACCUCAUUCACCUUAUCCCAAAUUCUAACACUAAUUAAUUAAUAAUAAAAUAUAACAUGAACACACAAUAUAUAAGUUUGGUUAAGGAGCUAUGUAAUAUAUAAACCCGAGACAUACCAAAUUCUCCACAACAGCAUAAAUUCUCAUACUCAAAUUUUCUCAUAAUUCAUAAACAAGUAAAAGUAUAUGUAUAAGGAGGAAAUGACAUUAUUGUAGCAACACAAAAAUUAUUGUACCAAACAAUGCUAAAAUGACCCAUCAAAACACCUAAUCUAAUGCUCUCACUUCUGCUCUAAAACUAGUACAAUAAUACAAGAUGUUAUAAUAAACAAGAUUUGCCAAAGUCAAUGCAGCUAAUACCCAAUAAUACUUAUCCAAACGACUUUGGUUUAUGUCUUCUUGAAACCAACUAGACCUAGUCCCACCCACCAUUUCACUAACCUUUUGAGCCACAAAUACCAACAAGUUAUGUAAAGAUCGCAUAUGACAAAUACCUUAAAUUAUUAAAUAAUUAGGAUUUAUGCAUGAGAUUUUAUUAUUAUUGAUAAUAAUACAAUUAUGUGAAUUUAUUUGAGUUCGUAUAUAUUUAUUAUGCUAUUUAUGUAAAUUUCUCAAUUACUGUGAUUGUGUUCGGAAGCUGUGGAAAGCGGCGUUGGGCCUUUAGAGAGUCAUAUUGUAUAUUUUAAUCUAUGUUAUUAGCUCGGGGUUUUGUGUUAUGUAUUGAAUGGUCGGGUCUAGAAUGACCAAAUUACCCUUGGGUUAGUAGCUAAUUAGUAAAUAGCUAGAGGGGUAAAGUAGUCUUUUUGGGUUUAGCCUUGUUUUGUCUUAUUUUGGUGAUAUAUGCUGAAUAUAGGUUUAAUAUUAUUUAAAAGAAAAAGAAAGAAGGAACCUAAUGGCUAAAAUAGAAAAUUGAGGAAAAACCUAGACUUUUCCUAAGUCUUUCUCUCCUUCUCUUUUGAAUCACCAAGCUUUGCAAGGAAAGGGGGAUUUCUUUGCUGUAAUUCUCAAAGUUCUAGCAAGAAUUUGAUACUCCAAUCAAAGGCCCUGUAAAACGUCGAGCUGCACUUCCACUCAGGCUGACCGGCACACUUGAGCAAGGAACGAGGUAAGAUAGCGUAAGAAUAUAUAUAUAAAUGUAUAUGCUUGUUUUGAAUGUUAAUGUGGUUACGGUGUUACCAACACGAGUACCCAGGGUACGUCGUGUUCGUGGUACAACACUUAGUAAUUUCUGGGAGUACAGUUAGGGCUCUACCAACACAAGUACAGAGUUAGUACUUUAGUGCAUUUGGUAUAGCAGUCGUACUACCCUUAAGAACGUUCUUAAUCAUUUGGUGAGCUUCGUUGUUAAGCUCAGGGCAGCUUAAUCAUAAAGAUGGCUGCGUGCUACUUUUAUAUAUUUCUUGCAUAUCUUACUGAGUCUGUUGACUCAUCAGUUUGCUACCUUAUGUAGGUAAAGGAAAAGCAAAGCUGGAGGAACAAUGAGGUGGAACUCGGCAUGAUUGUACAUAUCGCGGCAGUGCAACCUGGAGGGUUUCGGUUUAUUAGUAUUUUGGAGUCUGUAUUUUGAGGAUGCUUGUCCGCUAAAUUAAAAAAAAAUAUAUAUGUACAUAUUAGUAAAAUACUUUUAACUAGUAUUUUGAUACUCGGGAUCCCGAUCCAUAUGAUUAUUAAUGUAUUAAUUAUUAAAAUUAGAUUUCGGAUUUAUUAUUAUAAAAUACGGGCGUUACAGUUUGGUAUCAGAGCCACUGGGCUGUCCAAUGAAGACCGUCAAGAUAUGUACAAUCAAGGCCAGUGUCGAGUUCGACUCACGGUUCCGUAAGCUUUAUUUCUUUUUGCAAACUGUUUUAAGAUAUGUCGUGUUGUAUAUAUGAUUAAUUGAGAUGUUUUAAAUUUUAAUUGCGGUCUUGAAAAUAUUUUGACCACUGUCUGACCUACGUGCCUUGUGGGUUCGCAGGCUAAGUCCUAAAUAAUGGACGACCAGCGAAACGUUAGAAGGCAGGGUGAAUUGGUUGAGACCGGAGGUGGUCGGGGUGGUAGAAAUCCCCAAAACCCCCGUGGGCGCGGUAGAGGCCGCGGUCGUGGUCCGAGAGGUGGACAGUAGAAUCCACCUCAGGCCCCGGUUGAUUGGGAACAAAGGUUUGCUGAGAUGCAAACUAGAAUUGAGCAACAAGAAGAAGAGAUCCGACGACUCAGGCAACGGGAUGCUCCUGUUGAGCCUCCCCCGCAACCGCCUGCUGCGGCUCCUAUAGCUCCUGCAGCCCCUGUGGUGCCAGCUGAGCAAAAUAUUGCUGGUAACCGCAUGGAGCCUUUAUAUGAAAGGUUCAGAAAGCAAGCGCCUCCAGUAUUUCUGGGAGGCCCUGAUGUUUUAAAAGCUGAGCAGUGGUUGACCGUUAUUGAGAAAAUAUUGAAUUUUAUGGGAGUGGUCGGAAAUGAUAGGGUGGCAUGUGCCACAUUUCAAUUUCAAGAGGAUGCCCUGAUUUGGUGGGAAAUGGUAUCCCUCACCAGAGAUGUGACCAGAAUGACCUGGGAAGAGUUCCGGGAAUUAUUCAACGCCAAAUAUUACAAUGAGGCGGUCCGCAGUGCAAAGCGGAAGGAAUUUGUUGAGUUGGUACAAGGUGAGGGUAUGUCAGUAACUGAAUAUACAACCAAGUUUGAUCGCUUGGCCAAGUUAGCCUCCGGAAUCGUACCAACAGACUUCAGCAAGAAAGAAAAGUAUUUGGCUGGGCUGAAUGCCAAAAUCAGACAUGACCUGGUUAUUACAACGAGUGAUACAACAACUUAUGCAGAAAAGUAUUUGUGUGUGGAAUUUCUUGUCUGUUAUUGAAUGAGUAAAAUAAAUAUCAUUGACUUCAUGUUGUGUGGGUAGGUACGUAGGUCCAUUAUUAAUUUUCACAACAAGGCAUACCAAUAUGACACUUCUAAUGUAAUAUAGGCAACACUGUUGAUUCAUCUAAUGAAGUUAGAAAAUGAAUUGAUAUUAUUGAAAACAAAUUAGAACAAAAAAAGAAGAAUUUUUUUUUGAAGAAAUUAAAUUAUACAAAUCUUCUUAACAUGUAAUGACCAAGAGCUUUAAGUUUAUCUUUUAUUUAUGAAUGCUAUUUCCAAAAAUAAAAAUAAAAAUGGUCCAUGCUUAACCCAAUCAUCACAUCCUCUUUGAAUUUUACUUAGCAAGUUAGCAAUAUAAUAAUAGAACAGUGCUAUAAUGCUUAUCUAUAAAAAAAUUUUCUUAGUACAAUUAUAAGGUAAUAUAUUUUACGAUAAUUAACAAUAUUUUAUAAUAAUUACUAAAUUAAAUUAUGAGUUCUAAUAUUUAAUAAAAUAUAUUGUAAUGUACAAAACACUACUAAUGGGUUUUAGCACAAUCAAACAUUACAAUAAGAAUCAAUUCUUGAUUCUUCUUUUGAAACAAAUUCUUCUUUCUCCCUUUCUAUUACAAUUAACUCUCAAAAUACAACAAUUUUAAU